AUGGGACCCAAAAGCGGCUUGAUCCUCGCUCUUCUCUGCUGGGCAGCGGGCGAGGCUCAGCUGGGGGUGAUAGUGCACAGGGCCCUCUUCGGUACUGGCCGCCUGGUCACCGCGGCUGACCUGACGCUGGGGCCGGCGGCGUGCAAGCAUUCCUCGCUGAACCCUGCUCACAACACCGUCACCUUCACCGCCGGCCUCCACGAGUGCGGCAGCAUCGUGCAGAUCACACCAGAUUCAAUCAUCUACCGCACGCUCCUCAACUAUGACCCCAGCCCUGCCAGCAACCCUGUGAUCAUCCGCAGCAACCCAGCUGUCAUCCCCAUCGAGUGCCACUACCCCAGGAGGGAGAACGUGAGCAGCAACGCCAUCCGGCCCACCUGGGCUCCCUUCAGCUCCACGCUGUCAGCGGAGGAGAGGCUGGUGUUCUCCCUGCGCCUCAUGAACGGUAGGUGGGAAGCNNCACGCCCCUUCCGCGUUUUCCAACUGGGCGACGUCCUCAACAUCCAAGCGGAGGUGGGCACCGAGAGCCACGUGCCGCUGCGGUUGUUCGUGGACAGCUGCGUGGCCGCCCUGAGCCCCGGCACCGACUCCUCACCCCACUACGCCAUCAUCGACUUCAACGGGUGCCUGGUUGAUGGGCGGUCAGAUGACACCAGCUCUGCCUUCAUCACGCCCCGGCCCCGGGAGGACAUGUUGCGCUUCAGGAUUGACGUGUUCAGGUUCGCAGGGGACGCCAGGAACCUGAUCUACAUCACCUGCCACCUGAAGGUGACCCCAGCCGACCAAGCCCCAGACCCCCUGAACAAAGCUUGCUCCUUCAACAAAGCCAGAAACACCUGGGCACCGGUGGAAGGCACCCGGGACAUCUGCAGCUGCUGCGAGAUGGGCAACUGUGAGUCCCCCGCGCUCUCCCGGCGCCUCAACCCCUUGGAGCAAUGGCCCAGCCACCGCUUUCGCCGCGACACCAACGGCAACGAGGCUGAAGCUGAUGUGGUCAUCGGCCCUGUGCUCCUCUCCAGGGACCCGGGCGCCGUGGGAGAGCGGCAGGAGGGAGGUCAGGGUGGGGUGACGGCAGUGUCCGGCGUGGGGACAGGGCUGAUCUGCGUGGCAGCCGGCCUGGGGCUGGCUGGGGUGGUGCUGGCCAUCAGCGUGGGGAGCAGGAGAUGCGCCCAUGCCUCGGCGUGA